AUGGGUCCACACCUGGUACGCCCCCGCGCCACCCCCCCAAACACCCUGGCCAUUCGACCCUGCAGGCUCUUGCCCUGGAAUCCGCGGUACCAGAUCAUCACCCUCUGCUUCCUGGCCACCCUGACGGCCUAUGUGGAGCGCGCCGGCUUCUCCAUCGCCUACACGGGCAUGGCGAAGACUGCGGGACUGAGCGAGAGCGUCAAGGGGACCGUGCUGUCGGCCUUCUACUGGGGAUAUGCCCUGUCACAGAUCCCGGGCGGCAUGGCGGCUCAGCGCUAUGGUGGCGACGUCAUGCUCUCACUUUCCUUUGCCCUUUGGGCGACGGCAUCACUGCUGACCCCGGGCACGGCCGAUAGUGUGAGGGCCAUCAUUCUGGCGCGCGUGUGUGUCGGCGUAGCGCAGGGCUUCCUGAUCCCGGCGGUGCACACAGUGCUCUCCGCCUGGGUUCCCCCCACCGAGCGCGCGCGCGCGGUCAGCCUCACCACCUCCGGCAUGUACCUCGGCUCCGCGCUGGCCAUGCAGGCGCUGCCCGCCGUGGCCGCGGCCUUCGGCCCUGCCUCGCUACUGCGCCUGUCCGGCGCGCUGGGCCUGGCCUGGCUGCUGACCUGGCGCGCCAGCCUGGCAACGCUGGGCCGGCGCCCACCCUCCAUCCCCGUCUCCUCCUCCGGCCCUGCGGACGAUGGCAAGGGGUUUGCGCCGGGGUCGCGGGGCCGGCCGGGUGCCACGCCCUGGCGCGCGAUGCUGCGCAGCCCCGCGGUCUGGGCCAUCGUGGCGAACAACUUCACCUUCCACUACGCCUUCUACGUGCUCAUGAACUGGAUCCCCACCUACUUCGACAAGGUCCUGGGCGCGGACCUGUCCACCAUGGGCGCGGCCAAGACCCUGGCCUACCUCACCAUGUUUGCCGCCAGCAACGCCGGCGGCUGGGCGGGGGACUGGCUGAUCAACACACGGCGCGCCGGCGUGGCCGCGGGGCGUAAGGCCGUCAACAGCGCCGGGGGCAUCAGCAACACCGCCGGCACGCUGGCGGGCGUGAUCGGCGUGGCGGCCACGGGCGUGCUGUUGGAGGGCGCAGGUGGCGCGGGGGUGCUGGCGGGCUGGUAUGCCGCACUGGCGGUGGCAGCCUCGCUGUGCCUGGCGGGCUCCCUCAUCUUCCUCUGGCAUGCGCGGGGCGAGCGCUUGUUUGGCGGGGACGCCACGCGCCUCUGA